AUGUCUUCUGUCGUGGAGAACUCGGCCAUUCUUCCGGGCGAAAAUCUAAUCGAACUGCUGGAGGCUUGCAAGGACAACAAGGAAAAGGCAACAAUCGUCGGUCCUGGCUUAAAGCGACAUAGCAAAAACAAAAUCAAUUCUCAUGCAGCCGGUCAACUUUUGCACCGAAAUGGAAACCUCUUCUGGAUCAACUCGCACCAGCGCUACUACAUUCCCUGCGAAAGAGACACCGUAGUUGGUGUGGUCACGUCAAAAUUCGGCAACAACUGCCGUGUGGACAUUGGCGCUUCAGAACAGGCAACAUUAUCUCUUUUCGCAUUUCCCAAUGCUACUAAACGCAACAAAGGCAUCGUUGAGAUUGGUGAUAUCAUCUUUGCCAAAGUGAUGGCUGCAGCAAAAGAUGUGGAAACUGAGCUUGUUUGUGUCGACCAGCACGGAAGAAAAGACGGCUUGGGUGUUCUCCCAAAAGGCGGAUACAUGAUCAAAGUUCCCAUCAACAUAAGCAGAAGACUACUGGCACCAGACUCCAGAAUAAGUGAAUUUCUCGGACAAAAGUAUCGUUUUGAAAAGGCUAUUGGCAUGAACGGCCGUAUCUGGAUUCGUGCUCGUUCGUUCGAGACCACAAUUCUGAUUAGCAACUUUAUCAAGCAAUUGGAGUAUAUACCUAACUCUGAGCUCAUGGAAACUUGCAACCUGCUUUGUAAGUAA